AUGGAGCGCUCUCAGAGCCGCAUCAGCCUGUCCGCCUCCUUCGAGGCGCUCGCCAUCUACUUCCCCUGCAUGAACUCCUUCGACGAGGACGAUGCAGAUGCGGAGGGACGCAGGUUGAAGGGCAUCCAGAGAAGCACAGAGACAGGUCUGGCCGUGGAGAUGCCCAGCCGCACUGUCCGGCAGGCCAGCCACGAGUCCAUAGAGGACAGCAUGAACAGCUACGGGUCAGAGGGCAAUCUGAACUACAGUGGGAUGUGUUUGGCUUCAGACGCUCAGUUCAGCGACUUUCUGGACGGGAUGGGUCCGGCGCAGUUUGUGGGCAGACAGACGCUGGCCACGACGUCAAUGGGUGAUGUGGAGAUUGGUCUGAUGGAAAGGAACGGACAGCUGGAGGUGGAGAUCAUUCAGGCGAGAGGACUCAUCAUGAAGCCUGGAUCCAAAGGGCCUCCAGCGGCUUACAUAAAAGUGUACCUCCUGGAGAACGGUAUGUGCGUAGCCAAGAAGAAGACGAAGUCCGUGCGGAAGUCGCUGGACCCGCUUUACAACCAGGUCCUCGUCUUCUCCGAGAGUCCUCAAGGAAAGGUCGUGCAGAUCAUCGUUUGGGGAAACUACGGCCGGAUGGAUCGCAAGUGCUUCAUGGGCGUGGCCCGCAUCCUGCUGGAGGAGCUGGAUCUGACCAGCAUGGUGAUUGGCUGGUACAAGCUGUUCCCCACCUCCUCCAUGGUGGACCCCACGAUGGCCCCCCUAAUUCGACACUCGUCCCAGCUCUCCCUGGAGAGCACGGUGGGGCCGUGCUGCGAACGCUCGUAAGACGGCCGGCCGAGCUUUUGUUUUUGUUUUUUUCUCUUCGAAAGGGCUCUCGAGGCCCCUUUACCUUACAGCGCUGGUUGUGCAUGCCGCAGCUGAGCCGUCUGGAGCCUUCAGGAGCUCUCUAGAAUCCUCUAGAACGUAGAACCUUCUGGAAAAUUCUGAGCCUGAGCACAGGUUCCCGAAGAAGGGUUCUUUUCUCUCUCUCUCUCUCUCUCUCUCUGUCUCUUUCUCUCUCUUUUUUUCAAAGAAGUAAAUAAAUAAAUAAAACGAUAAUAAUAUAAAGACACCAGAAGCAUGAGCUGAAGAUCGAAGGAGAACGAAGAGCUCUUUGUCCGUGUCUGUGUAACUGGGACUCGUGUUUUCCGAUUCUCGUCAGUGGUCUCCGUGUCUAUCUGAAGAAGUGUGUACAUCUUAUGAGUGGUCUCUAUCGUCAAAGACAGUCGGUGUUGUCUGUAUACGGAUUUCGGUCGUCGAGAGUGGCUGCAAUGUUGCGUCUUGCGGUGUGGAGAAUAUCUAGCCAUAGAUCGGUCUGUGCAAUAUCACGUAAGAGUGGCGGAAGCCAAGUAGGAGGGUCAGCUAAGACGAGGCGUAGGCCUUUUUCUCGUUAGAGUUCUCGUUAGCGCAGAGGACAAUAGAUUUAGAUGGAGUGCUCGGUAAUUGACGCUUGGCUCAAGUCGUUUUUUUUUUUCCUGUUAUUUUUUUUCCUCUUUCUUCCCUUUUUAACUGUGCCAAUUCUACCAGCAAGUGUCUUUACUUUGAGGCUUGUGCCAUCGUUCACUGAUCAGAGGCUAUUUCUGAGCUGAUCCAUCAGGAACACACAGGGAUUUAUUACUUUCACUCCUUGUUGUGACAAAUAAUAGCACAUAUUCCAGUUUUGGAGUAUGAUAUUGGGUUGUUGAGAUAUAUAUUUUUCACAAAGGACAUGACAAAUUAUAAUCUCUUUCUAGGUGUAAGAGCUAAUUAGUCUUAGAUUAAUAGAAAAAAAAAUAUAUAUAACAAUGUUCAUGGAAUGAAUGUCAGUAAAUAUAUUUGAUUUAGUCUCUACUACACGUGAUGGUCUAGUUACGCACUUUAUAUCUAAAAUGUCCUUUUUUUCAUAUAUGCUUGCUAGUUCAGAGUGAGCCAAAGGUUAUUAUUACUACUAUUAAUAUUGUUUGACUCAUAACUUUGAUGUUGCAGGAUGCCGAACUUUCAGUAGCAAUGUUAAGGUUAUAGCAUUAGAUAGUAGCAUAGGCAUGAGAGGCUUUCUUCGGCUUGCCAGAACCUAAAUAAGAUUUAGCAUGAGAGUUUUAAUCGGGAAAAUCGAAGAAAAAAAACGAGCAAAAUAUGUAGCAGAGAUGCAUAAUCAUGGAGAUACUGUUACAUUGCAGUGCAGAAGUACGUUCUGCCAGACUGAGGCGGAACGUAUGAGGAUGCGAGGGGUCUAUAUUUUUAUGUUUGUGUUGAAAGUGGGCUCUCACAUCUGUUUAUGGAGCAUUACAUAGCAUAAGAAUGAGGAUUCUAUAAAUUCGCUUCACAAAAGGGAAUUAAAAAAGUGAAGUAGCAUUCCUGGUCAGCAGUGGGGAACCCUCAUGGCCUUCGAGGCCUUCAAAAAAGGCCUAAUGAUUUUUCGGGAAGUAAAGAAAAAGAUACGUUUGUCCCGUCUGUCACUUUUCAUUCAUAUAAUCAUCGUGCUUGAUGUAUUUAUAGCUCUCCAUGUAUUGCAGCAACAUUUUGAGAUCUUGGAAAAGUGUCCAGUCAGGAGGGGUAACUAGGUAGAAGCAACCAAGCAAGCUCUCCCAUUGGUUAGGCCCUGAGAACCUAACUAGUAAUACUAGUGUAAUUAUUUUUGAUUUCAAUGGGACCAACUUUGUGAAAAAAAGCACCUCUCGCUUGGUCUUCUGGAAGUUCUAGAUACAUCACUGCAGUUUUACCAGGUUUGGUCAGUUGUUAGGAAUGGAAAACAGCGGCAGCAGCUCUAUUUACUGAAUAGAGUCGCUGUAAAACCGACACAUACGUGCUCAAACAUACAUUAAUGUCUGUUACAAGCUUCAAACAAAACACUGAAUGUCUUUUCCAGGCUUCGAAUGUCCGUAUUUUGUCUAAAACCGCAAAAAAUGUUAACAUAAUAUUAGAAACCCCAUAGGGGUGCUAGCAGACAUUAGCAUUAUCGUACAGGUGGGUCGUAUUUUGACCGAGUUUUGACGUUUAUGGCCCGAACUGAAGGCCUAGCUCUAG